AUGACAAAUACUAUAAUCGAUAAAUUUAAUACUGAAUGUACGGAUUAUUUAAAUUCACAAUUAAAUACUCAUUUACUUGCUUCACCGUCAGUAUUAGUCAAUAAAACAAUAUCGAACUAUUAUUUAAAUGAAUAUCAACGAUGUAUAAAAGAACAAUCAAAUUUUAUUAAUUAUAUCAAUGAACAAACAUCUUGUUUAAAUACUUUAAAAUCAUGUGAAAAUAAUAUCGAUGUAUUUAUUCAACGUUUAAAAUCAAUACAUGAAUAUGAAUUAAAACAAAAUGAAAUCUUUGAACAAAUUUUACAUGAAUUAACAAAAAUAAAUCCAUCAAGUAAAGAAGAACGUCUACAAUUAUUAGAACAAAUCAAUGAACUUAUUACUUUUAAAGCUAAACUAUCAAAUGUUAAUGAUAGAUUUUAA